AUGGGUUUCGGGAAAAAAGAAAAACAUUGAUAUUUUUCUGCAGGAUGCAUAAAGAAAACGGUCUUUGUAGGUUAUGAGUGUACAUCUUAUAGAUGAUGGCUUAAAGUUAUAAUGAAUUGACAUAAUUAAAAAUGGAAGCUAGGGAAGGACAACGGCCCUAUAGCUGAACUCAGUGAGAGGAUUUUACAGCUCCUUAAGGGUUUUGGCUCAAAGAGAAGUGAACUACACUGAGGCUAGUGUAGACAGAGAGGCCCUAGGAGACUGUGGACAUGAAAAGGGACGGCUAAGCUGGUCUUACCUACAGCUAUUUAGAACUGUCAGUCAAAGUUAAGACCCCAAGAAUCUAGACUUAUAGAAGAGUAAUCUUAAACUUAAGCAUAAUGAAUUUAAGCUAUUUGAAGGGGUUUUUUUUAAAUUGUUUUACUAAAUAUAUUGAUGAUAUUUUGCUUACUCUCCCCUCCGUGAGCGAACAAAAAAAUUUUGUUCGCUAACGGAGUGGGUUAAUUUUUUUCUAGAAAUUUAAAAUUGGAAAUCAAAUAUUAAUGUAAUUUAAAAAAUUUAUGUUUUUAAAACGCAAGCUGUUCAAAAUUAAUGAUAAUUAGCAAGAGAUUUCUUUAUAUAAUUAUCACUUAUAUAUCUAAUUUUUUUUCAAUAAAAUUUUUUCUAUUAAAAACAUUUUGUUCAAUCAUAGAGGUGGGUUUUUGGGCAAAAAAUAGGGAUUUUUCCAAUGGUUUUGUUCACUCACAGAGGGGGAGUAAGAAUUUUUAUUUUUUAUUUUAUAAAUAUCAUGCCAACUAUUUUCUGAAAUCAAGCAUGAGAGCGUUUUAA